CUCCAGACCUCCCUGCAUCCUCGUUUCUGAGCUGCCGCCUUUUGGUCCCUUUCUACAAUUCCACAUGGCUUGCCCCGGCAAUCCGUGACAAUUAAAGUCUUUUCAUCAGUUUUACUAAUGCUUCAAGUAACAGCAGCAGCAGUUGAAGACUCUGAAUUUAUUAUCAGGGAUGAAGGUGAGGUCACUUUGUCAUGUGAAAAUGUGACAGAUGAUCGAGAUAAAUGUGACAGAACUACCUGGCUCUUCAGUAAAUCAAACACAGCAACAAUAACACUGUUUGAACACGGGGAGAUUCACCGAGAGGCCAAAAAUAAAUCAGACAGACUGAGUGUCACAGCAAAAUGUUCUCUGGUUAUAAAGAAGCUCACAGCUGAGGAUGUUGGUCAGUACACCUGCAGAAGGUUCAACAAAUCAGGACAAAAAGAAGGUUCAGACUCUGUAGCUGAGCUGUCUGUUGUUAACCUAACUGAACAUAAGGAUGAUGACACAGUGACAUUAAACUGCUCUGUGUCCACAUAUAAAAAAUGUAAAUACACUGUGAAGUGGCUCUAUGGUAACAAAGACCUGAGGAUGUCACAGUCUGCCUGCUCAGCCAGUGUGAUCUUUACAAGAUUUGAUCACAUUUACACAUCCAAGAGUUCUGAGAUGUUGAAGUGCCAAGUGACACAUGGUGGAGACGUGCAGGAAUUUAUCUUCAGGAUUCUAUCAUUUGAUCAAGAAACACAUGAGAAUGCAAGAUGGUGGAUGUUUAUUGUUGUACUGCUGGGGUUAUUAGCACUGAUAAUAAGUGCUGUUAUAGCCAUCAGAUGGAAGAGAGCUAAAGGAAAAAAAAUGGAGACUAAUGAAAAUCCUGAACUGAAUUUAAACCCUGCAGUGACUCCGUCUGCUCCAGGAACCAUUCAGGAAUCUGCUGCACCUGAAUACCUUGUUCCCUAUGCCUCCAUCAGCUACACCAACAAAACCACCAGUAAAACGCAGGUUCGAGACAAAAAUGAAGGUGAGAGAGUUACGUACUCCACUGUGAAAGCUUCCUCCAUGGAUCCCAGCAACCUCUAUGACACCAUCAAGUAAACAAAAAGCUUCUCAUCUAAAAGAGCUGUUGGGUUGCUCAGUUGAAAAAGAGAAAGCUGGCACGACAAUUAAACAAACAUAUUGUUACAUACAUUUAUUACAGUGUGUUGUGAUACUAUCUGCAGGUGAAAUGAAAUAGUUGCUCGGGAGUUGAUGCCAUGUCAGAUUUGGCAGUGAUGGAGGGAAAGUUUAUCUUGUCUAUAUAUGUUCUCAACUUUCAUUUCGGUUUUUACAUAUUUGUCACAUUUACAUGUUUCAGA